AUGGAAUUGACAUUAAUCAUCCCUAAUAAUUGACUAUCAAUCAAAACGAAUUAACUUGCAAUCAAACUACUGUCUUCUUGAUUGAUUUGACAGUCAACCUCCGAUUAAGAUAAAGUGUCAUUUACCAAUCAAACGAUGUUCUAAAACUAUUUCAUAGAAUUCCUGAGCUUCUUUUAGGAUUUCAUAAAACAUACUUAAUUUUGAAUCAUAAAAUAUAAGAGUUGUAACACUUUUUGGAAUCUUAUCGAUGAUGGAUGAUUAAAUUUUCCGUUCGUAGAUCCUUGAUCGUCAGCCUCAAUCAACGAUUAUAUCAUGUUCGUCAAAUACAUGAUUGGUUUGACUAAAACUUAGAUGCACAAUUUGCUUGAAUUGCGGAAAAACAUAAGAAGUGAUUUUGGAAACACAUGAGAUUCUUUUUCGUAAUUUUACAAUGAAAAGAAGAGUAUAUCGAUUUUUGUUCUAAUACCAUGUUGAGGAUCGUAGCAAGUCUGGGCCUUGGCUAAAUCAUAGUAGACUUUAAUAAACAAACAUCAAAGUAACAGAAAAAUGAUUAAACACGAAAUGAAAUUUCAUAUAGUUUUAUCCUUCAAAAUAGAAAAAGAAAAACAAAUAAAGGCCUCAAUAUUUUUAUCUUUAGGCUUCACGUGAGUAAAGGCCGGCCCUGCACUCACAAUAUACUCUGGAUCACAGUAUCAUUGUAGCCCAAAUAUAAACUAAAAUUGCUGAAUAAUAUAUUUCAACAUAUUUUCCAACAUAAUAUUAAUAAUAAUCAGGUUGAGUUUGAUUAAUUCCUUAAUAAUAUAAAGUACAAUAAUAAAAAAAAAAAAAAAGAGAGAUCGUGAGACGCAUAACCUUUCCAUUCUCGGUCAACGGCCAAUGGAUACCCAAAAAAACGAACCUCAGAAAUAAAAGAAAAUAUAUAUAAUAACUAAAACAGAGAAAAAUUCACAAUUAGUAUCGUCGAAGAAGAAAGAAAGAAAGAAAGAAACUCUAAUAAUGGAUUAAUAAAGAUAAUCCUCACGCUAAUCUCCUCCCUUCGUCCCAUAUGUUCCCAUCUUAAUUUCCUCAAAAACCAAAAAAAGACCAAAAAAAAAAAAGAAAAAACAGAAAAAAAAUCAGUUAGAUAGGGUUUAAAAAUUUCCCGGCGAAAAAUGGAGAAAGCUGGAAAUCAUCACGCAAAUGAAUCAUCGGAAACUCAUGUUCACAAAUCUGACGAUCAUGAGAAUAAACAACAUUCCGAUGAAUCGGAACAAAAACUGCAUUCAUCGACGCCGGAAUCGGAAUCCUCGGAACAGAGCCUUGUUCAGGUGAUGGAGGCCGUGGACGAUUUCAUCAAAGCACUUUCAGCCGAGAAGGAUCCGCCACGGGAGAUUCCUCCGGCGGUGGAGCCAUUCCCUGAGAGGGUGGAUUCAUUGGUGUCAAAAAUGGAAUCUUCUGGGCUUGGGAGGGACGAAACAGAGGACUCUGUAUUCAUCGACGCCGUUAACCGGAUUUCGAAAUCGGUUAUGAGAUUGAGGGAGCUUAAAUUAGAUUCAACUCCGGUCUCUUCUUGGUUAAACCGGGCGAGUUCGGUUCAGCAUCGUGCUGUAUCUCUUCUCGACGAAGAGUUUCGUCAUCUUCUAGAUCGUUCCAGAGAGGAGAAGAAGAAGAACAUCAACGACGGGAACAACUCCGAUCACAACAAUUCUUCAACUAACGAAUCGGAUCGAUGCGUUUUACAAGACCAGGAAGAGGAGGAGGAAGAAAGUUUCCCGGAUUUUCCACCGGAAUCGAUCUCGACGUUGAAGAAGAUCGCCGGAGCGAUGAUCUCCGCCGGUUACGAAGCAGAGUGUUGUAUGUCAUACGAAAUGUCGAGACGGCACGCGUUCAAGGAGGAGCUACGCGAGGUUGGAUUCGAAGGGAUCAACGUUGAAGACGUGCAGAGAAUAAGUUGGGAAUCUCUCGAAGGUGAAAUCGCUUCUUGGAUCUCAAUCGUUCGCCGUUGCUCCACCGUGCUUUUCCCCGGCGAGCUUUCUUUAUGCAAUGCGGUCUUUCCGGAUCAAGAUCAUGCCUCUAUUCGUAAACGCCUAUUCACCGGUUUGGUCUCUGCUGUUACAAUCCGGUUUCUUGAUUUCUCUGGUGCGGUGGUGCUGACAAAACGGUCGUCGGAGAAGCUCUUCAAGUUCUUAGACAUGUACGAGACGCUUCGUGAUUUGAUUCCAGCGGUGGAACAAUCUGAUUCAGAUUUGAUCCAGGAGAUUAAAUUGGCUCAGACGAGGCUAGGUGAAGCAGCAGUGACUAUAUUCGGAGAGCUUGAGAAGUCGAUCAAGAGCGAUAAUGGAAGAACUCCGGUACCGAGCGGCGCGGUUCAUCCAUUAACACGUUACACCAUGAACUACCUCAAGUACGCUUGUGAGUACAAAGAAACAUUAGACCAAGUGUUCCAACACUAUGAAUCUAAUCAAACAGAUAACAAACCUGAACCAGAGACCAAACCAAAGCAGCAGCAACGAGAAGACGAUGAAGAGUACAAAGUGUCAGCUUUUGCUAGACAAAUGAUAAGGGUGAUGGAAUUGCUUGACGCAAAUCUUGAGAUCAAAUCGAAACUGUACAGAGACCCAUCACUGAGAUACAUAUUCUUGAUGAAUAAUGGAAGAUACAUUCUUCAGAAGAUUAAAGGGUCGAUAGAGAUAAGGGACUUGAUGGGACAGUCAUGGACAAGGAAAAGAUCGACGGAGCUGAGACAGUAUCAUAAGAGUUACCAGAGAGAGACUUGGGGGAAAGUGUUGCAAUGUAUGAAUCAAGAAGGGUUACAAGUGAACGGGAAGGUGUCGAAGCCGGUUUUGAAGGAGAGGUUCAAGAUUUUCAAUACUAUGUUCGAUGAGAUUCACAAGACGCAGAGCACCUGGAUUGUGAGUGAUGAGCAGAUGCAAUCGGAGCUAAGGGUGUCGAUCUCGGCGUUGGUGAUUCCAGCAUAUCGGUCUUUCUUUGGGAGGUAUAAGCAACAUCUUGAUUCAGGGAAGCAGACGGAUAAGUAUGUCAAGUAUCAGCCUGAGGAUAUUGAGUCUUUCAUUGAUGACUUGUUUGAUGGCAACCCUACUUCUAUGGCACGCAAGAGAAAUUGAUAACUCCUCUAUGAUGAGAAAUCCUUACUUGUUUUUCUUUUGCUUCUUCUUUUUACUUCAAUCCUUCUAUCAUUUAUCUUUCAUUACCUUCAUGUUUAUAGAACCCAUGAGAAGCUACCGUGAAAACUUUUUGGUUUUUUCUUUUUCUUUUCUUACUUUUAAAAGUUUGAGUUUUUUUAAUUAUUUUUCUUACUGUUAUAUGUCUAUGUUUUUGAUGUCCUGUUUCAACAGGUUGUGAGCGAAAAUUGUUUAGAACUACUUAGGGUUAAAGGCACGGAAUUAUCUUUAAAAUGUUUAUUUUGAAUUUUGUGAUUUAAAUGAUAAUAAACUCAUGAUUAAGUUGA